AUGUUAUCAAUUCCAUUUUUGGAAGAUAUUGUAAAAGGAUGGAUAAAAAAAAAAUCGUUUGAUGAUCCUGUUGAUAGGUUGAAUCAUUUUGUCACAGCAUCUAUACUUGGUUUUUUUGCUAUUAUGGUUUCUGCUAAACAAUACCUUGGUCAACCAAUACAAUGUAUGGUACCUAAAGAAUUUAGUAGUGGAUGGGAACAUUAUGCUGAAGAUUAUUGUUUUAUUCAAAAUACUUUUUAUGUACCAUUUAAUGAAACAAUUCCAAAAGAGUAUGAUGAUCGUAGAAAAGCUGAAAUAGGAUAUUAUCAAUGGGUCCCAAUUAUUUUAGCUUUACAGGCAAUAUUAUUUUUUAUACCAAAUUGGAUUUGGAAGAGUUUAUAUUCACAAUCUGGAAUUGAUUUAAAUACAAUUAUUACUGAUGGAAUGUCAUUAAGAGGAACUGGACCUAAUGAUAGAGAAGAGAAUAGUAUUAAAUUAAAGGAAUACAUAUCUGAUUGUCUUGGAAUGAAAGAUAUCAAAAGAAAUUUUCGUAUUGGAUUUUUUAAAUUAGAAAAAAAUUAUGGAAAUUAUAUUACAGCACUUUAUUUGUUUAUCAAACUUCUUUAUGUAUUGAAUAUUAUUUGUCAAUUUAUACUUUUAAAUAAUUUUCUUGGAGAUUAUUAUACAAUGUGGGGAUUGAAAGCAAUUAAAUAUAAAUUAGAUGGUAAAGAAUGGCAAACUUCUAGUGUAUUUCCAAGAGUAACACUUUGUGAUUUUGAUGUGAGAGAUUUAGCUGAUGUUCAUCGUUUUACAGUUCAAUGUGUUUUAAUGAUAAAUAUGUUCAAUGAAAAAGUUUAUCUCUUUAUUUGGUUUUGGUUUAUAUUUGUUGGAAUUGUAACUAUUCUUAAUUUUAUAUAUUGUUGUAGUCAUUUCAUUUCUCUUUCUCAUCGUCAUUCUGCUGUUAAAUAUCUUUUAAAACAUCUUAUGAAUACAAAAAAUCCACGUGAAUUUGAUAAAGCUGUUAAACAUUUUACUAGUCAAGGCCUUAAACCUGAUGGUUAUCUUAUUCUUCGAUUUCUCGAAGGAAAUGCUGGAGCUAUUAUUGCAAAAGAUAUUACUCAUAAACUUUUUCAAGACUAUUUGAUCACAUAUAUGGAUGAUUGUAUAAAAGAUUGUCUUGAUCCUGUUUUUUCGUAA